GUCAUCCAAACCAACAAUUCCUAAACGAGCCAUUCCAGCCUGUGUUCCAAGCCGAGCCAUUCCAGUGGGUGUUCCAAGCCGAGCCAUUCCAGUGGGUGUUCCAAGCCCAGCCAUACCAGGACCAGGCGGCUGGGAACGAAGAGUCUAUCGGUGUGGAGGAGCCCAACCCGGACUUAGUUUUCAACAGGAAUGUACUGGAGGCAGGAAAGUUUACGGAGCGGAGACGGAGUGUGUCGAGGUGGCUUCGCGUUGAUUUACAACUCUAUCGUUCUGUAGAAAGAUCCUCCGGAAGGAACCGCCCUAGAGAUCAGUCUGAUCGCUGGAACAUGCCAGCACAGCCCAGCAGGCCUCGUCACUAAGGACAUGAGCGGACUCACUAAGGAACCUCACUAAGGACAUGAGCAGACCUUCCUCCAGACGCCGUGGAGUGUUGAGGUUGUAGCCGAGUGUGGGCCUGUAUGCAGAACCCGGUCCCCCAGAACCCGGUCAUCCAGAAGAGCAACAGUCUGCAGACCAUGGGGCCGCCCCCCACCAGCGCCCCGCCCUGCAACCCCAUGCCCAAGAUGGGCGUCCGGGCCAGGGUGUCCGAAUGGCCUCAGCGUAAGGACGUCUGGGAUGCCCGACCCCCGCCGCGGUACGACAGCCUGCUGCCCAGCAUGCCGGACCACCUGCUGGGCCAGGACGCCCUCCUGGGGCGGGCGGGCCCCUACCCGCUGAGCGAGAUGCUCAGCCACGCCCCCAUGCGCAGCCUGGCCCGCAUCAAGAGGAGCAACAGCGAGGUCACCCUCAGUGACCUGGGGGCCGACGAGGACCAGGACUACUGCGGGGCCACGCUGCGCCGCGAGUACGGGAGCACCUCCUCGCUGGGGGGCCACUCCUCCCAGGACGUCCUCGGGCCCCUGGUGGCCCUUGGGCCCGACAGGGAGGUGCGGCAGGAGCAGCCCAGCGCCCCUCCCGGCGGCUUCCCGCCGCUGCUGUCGCCCAGCCUCCUCACCGCCGCCCAGAUCGCGCGGGGCGACUACGUGGACCCCUCGCUGCUCAUCUGCGCCCAGCGGGACCGCGCCGCCACGCAGCGGGGCAAGCAGGAGAAGGCGGAGACGUCCAUCUUCAAACGCCUCAAGAGCGUGAAGGCCGAGGCGCCGCCGGCGUCCCGGGAGGCCCCGGGGCCCCGUCACCUGACGGCCCCCACGUGUUUCUCCCACCACGACGUCCAGAGCCUGCUCUUCAGCCCCGGCCAGGCCGGGGGGAGCCGCGGUAACGGGAGGAGGAACAGCGGACCGGGGGACGCCGUGGCGUCGCGGGGCCUCGGCGCGGCGGCGGGGGGCGUGGCCGACCCCGCUGAUGGGUCAGCUGGUCAGCUGGUGUCCUGCUGGCCGGCCUACCGCCGGGAGACGGGGGAAGAGCGAGAGGGGGAGGGCGCUGGCAUGGACUCUAGCGCCAGCGUCCCCAACGCGGCCGUGUCGGUGCUGGAGGUCCCCAGGGGCCGGCCGGUGUUCCCCGGGGACCUGGAGAGCGGCUUUACCGUGGAGCACCUGGACCAAGGGGCUUUCUACUACAAGAAGUACUUCUACAACAGAGAGCACCAGAACUUCCUGGGGACGGACCAGUUCCUAGGGCCGGUGUCUCUCAGCGUGCGGAGAGAGAAGAUGGAGGAUGAUAGAGAUGGACCUCACUACAACUACCGGAUCAUCCUGAGGACCAGCCAGCCCAGUACCUUAAGAGGGUCCAUCAUGGAGGACUCUGUCCCCUCCUCCUCUAAACACGGGGGUCCCCGGGGACUCCCCCUGAAGGAGGUGCUGGAUUACGUCCUCCCGGAGCUCAGCACUUCCUGUCUGCGUGUGGCUAGCUCCGCCCCCGCCGUCCCGGAGCUCCUCCUCCAACUGGACCAGCAGGGGGUGAGUCUACAGCACCAGGUGGGGGUGCUGCUCUGUAGGGGCGUACCGGGCGGUGGCCAGACGGGGGACGGUGAUUGGUCCAGCCCAGCUCUGAAUAACUUCCUGGAUCUCCUGGGUCAGAAGAUUUCCCAGAACCCAGCCCAGCUGAGCGCCGAUGCGGGCUCGGCAGGAAGUCACUGUGUGUAUGCUACCUACAAAGACCACGAGGUCAUGUUCCACGUCUCAACGCCGACGUCCAGCAUAGCCAGUGACCCCCAGCAGCUGCUGAGGAACCAGCAGGGGCUGCAGCUGGUGUUCCAGGAGCCAGGGGCCCCUCCCUUCACCCCCAUCGGCCCCUCCCCCCAGGGGGUCUACCUGGUGGUCCGCGUUCACGGGCUCGGUACCGCCGAACUCUGCUACAGCGUUGCCGUGACGAGACCCCGAGACGUUCCCGCCUUCGGGCCGCCCCUCCCCCCGGGCGCCACCUUCCCCCACGGCCCCGACCUCGGGGACUUCCUGCUCGCCAAGAUCGUCAACGGGCAGAACGCCGCGCGCAAGGCGGCCGGCUCCACCCCCGCCGGCGCCCAGGAGCGCCACCUGGCCCUGCGCCAGCUGGUGGCCACCUGGCAGUCGGCCACGCCCCUCGACGGCCCCGCCCCCCGCUUCAGCUUCAUCACGCUGGGCGGGAAGAAGAAGGAGCGCUCCAGGCCCGCGGGCCAGGCCAACCUGCACGCCGCCGGGGGCGUGGCCUGGCCCGCGGCGGUGGCGGGCGUGGCCUGUCUCCUCGCCGUGUCCCAGGAGACGGUGGUGCUGGUGGAGGAGGACACGGGGGAGGUGGUGUUCAACUGCUCCUGCCGCGACGUGAUUGGCUGGAGUGUGGUGCGCGGCGAGGGGAAGCUCUACUACCAGAGAGGAGAGCGCGUGACGUUCAGCCUGCAGGACGAAGGGAGGGACCUCAGCCAGCGCCUCCAGCUGGUGACGCGGGGCUGCGUGGCGGUGGAGGCGGUCCUCAGGAGGAACUCUCUGGGCCAGCUGGGUUUCCACGUCAACGCGGAGGGGGCGGUGGCGGACCUGGAGCCCUACGGCUUCGCCUGGCAGACGGGGCUGCGUCCCGGCUGCCGCCUGGUGGAGAUCUGCAAGGUCGCCGUGGCAACGCUGGCCCACCACCAGAUGAUCGAGCUGCUGAGGACCCCGGGGCCCGUGGCCGUGGUCGUCAUAGCGCCGCACGAGGACGGCUCCCCGCGCAGGAGUUUUACGGAGAUAUACCCGGGUCACUUCAGAACAACUGCCCAGCCGUGGCAGUCUGGCGUACCCGGGGCCCCGCCCCUCUCCAGGGCCUCGCCCAAUCAGGGCCCUAGCCCCCGGGCCUCGCCCAGUCAGGGCCCCAGCCCAUCCCAGAAGAUGUUCCACUAUGCUCCUGCCGGCUCCAUCUCGCGUAGCAGCUCCUUCGACCGGCCAGAGAACAGCAGGAUGCAACUGGGCUAUGCCGUGUCCCCGAGCGGAUCUCAGAGUCGGGGGGAGGGACUUGUCUUCUGCAACUCGCCCAGCAACCAAUCCACCACCAGCGAUCCAGGUCCGAACGGCACUUGGUCCCAGUGCAGCACCUACCGCAGCAGUCCUUCUCCUACCUUGGUCGCCCAUCCAGCUGGGGAUGAAGGAAGAGACCAGUCAAAACCGGACCAGAGAACCAGAUCCUCAGACGCCCCGGGCCGCCGCCCCUCCGCCAAGCUCCACAAGCUGCGUGAGCGGCCCCCAGUCAGGCCGGGAGCCCAGCCAGGAGCCAGGCUGGCCAGCAGCCGGACCACGGCAGUGAGGGGCAGCUCCAGUGUGUCCAGUACCAACACCAUGUCCAGCACGACCUCCAGUGCCUCCAGCGGUCCGGACCGGCCCUUCGGCUCCUCCGACCCGAUGGACCCCCAGGAGCUAGGCCUCACCUACAUCCAGGGGGCGUCGACCGACAGCGGCAUCGACACCCCCCCCGUGGCCACGCCCCCCACCCCGCAACUCUCCGUGGGUGAGGAGGAGGGGCGGUGCUUGGAAGGGUACUGUAAGGUGGCGGCUCCAGACAGGGUCGUGGCUCAGGGUGUUGCCCAGGCAACCGCCUCCGGACACCCUAGAGAUGGCAGCCUGGGGAACCUCAGCGAGAGCUCCUCCCAGUCCAGUGGUUCUCGCUGCUCCAAGAACUUCAGAGGGAUGAGAGGAAGCCCCGCCCCCUCCGCCACUGACGUUACCUCUCCUCUGAGCCGAGGGGCGGGGCCAACCACACAGGACCAUCUGAUUGGAUGGAAGAAGGCGGAGGGCUGCUCCGGCCCUGAGCGUCCUGACAGUGGAGCCGACGCCCUCCUCUACCUGCUUAACAGCCUCAGUCUGAGGUCCAGCCUGCAGCUCCAGUUGCAGCCCUACCCAGCCAGGGAGGCCUUCCUUCGGAUGAUAACGACCAACUCCUGCCCCGUUCCUGAAGACGAAGAUCAGUGUCUACUCUCAGCUGCGCCCCUGUUCCCAGCGUCUCCAUGGCGACCCCUCCAGCGCUCCACGUCGGAGGAGAGCCUCUGGAGCCACCAGAGGAGCAUGUCCCUGAUCAGCUCCCGUAGCUCGCUUGUGGAGGGCAGCACCCCUGCGGACACCAGCACCCUGCCCUACGGCAGCACCCUGCCCUACCGCAACACCCUUCCCUACGGCAGUACCCUGCCGUACCGCAGCACCCUGCCCUACCGCUGCACCCUACCCUACGGCAGCACCCUGCCCUACGGCAGCACCCUGCCGUGGGACAGCACCCUGGCCUGGGCCUCCCUAUGCAAGACACGGCUGAGUUGCUCCGACGGAGCACUGGCGGAGCGGACCAAGCUGGCGGAGGUGGGGAGGGCCUGGUCCCAGCUGGUGACCGCAGCACAGGGCUCACCAGCGGACCAGUUUGGUGGGAGCUCCAUGUGUGACCUGGAUCAGGACCAGAAGCUUGCCCACCGGGUGGACACCCUGCAGGACAGUGACAAGUCUGCUGCCUUGCUCUCAGGUAAAGUCGGCCAAUUGGAGGAGGCUCUUCAUCAGCUGCAGCUGGACCUGAGGAAGGAGCAGGAGGACAAGCUGCUCCUGCAGCAGGAGGUGCAGCUCCUCCGUCACGACAACAUGCGCCUCCACCAGGAGAGUCUGAGUACUGCAGCUCAGUUCAGCAGAUACACACACUGGCUACUGCAGCCCCCCCAGCCCCCCCACCAAUAACACACACGCUGGCUCCCCCAGCCCCCCCAACCAAUAACACACAAACGCACACACACUGGCUCCCCCAGCCCUACCACACACACACACACACACACACACACACACACACACACACCCCCCCCACUGGCUCCACCAGCCGCCCCAUCAAUAACACACACACAGACACACACACACACGCUCCUUCGGCCCCCAAGCCCCCCCACCAAUAACACACACAAGUACGCACACAUUGUUAAAUAUGCACAGAUACCGGUAUGCACCUUGUGUGCUUGGGCACACACACACUCAUGUUGGGGCCAGGCUAUGAGGCUUCAUAAAGACUGGCUGGCACACAGAGGCUAGCACGACAACGCUAACAUACAGGGGCUAGCACACAGAGGCCUCUGAUAUGAGAAGCUGUUAGGCUAGCAGGGAUGCUAGCUGUGACACUAACACGUAGAGUGUUAAAUCUGUUGUCUCGACACUGUCCGGACCCAUUAGCCUGUGCUAUGUAGACACAGGCCAUCUAUAACCACUGGAUCCUACAGCGCUCCAAACAGCCAAUCACACGCCCGCUCGCAUGGAGUUGGCCCCGCCCCCGCUGCUCGCUACGUCAGAGACGCCCACAUCCGAAAAGUGUACGUCCUUCUCGUCGCUAAGCAGACAAAUAAUGUACAACUCUUUUUAUGCUCGCUAAACCUCCGGCGCCCUGUCUUCUGUUAGGUCCUCAUAUUGGACACGCAUGUAUCAAACAAACCAAUCCUUCGCCGCCUCUGCCACGAUGAUGCCUACUGUAAAUAGAUCCUUAUUACCCCGAGAUGUAUUUAAUGUCUCUGUUUUCUACACUGAUGUGUUCUACUGUUGUGGGAACGGGCUGUGAGGAAGAUUCAGUUUAAAAAACAAAAAACUCUUUCUACAAAAAAGUUUGACUAUUUAAAGCCGUUGCUUGGACGAGAUGCUGGAUCAUUUGUGGUCUGAGCUCCAAGCACUGACCCGAAUAUCUCGUGGGGGGGGGGGGGGGAUAGCAGUAUUACCAGGUACAUUAGAAGUACUACCAGGUACAGUAGGAGUACUACCAGGCAUAUUAGUAGUACUGCCAGGUACAUAAGUAGUACUGCCAGGUGUAGUAGUACUACCAUGGUACAAUAGUAUUACUACAGACCAGAAGUACGAUGCCAAGGUUUUCUUCAUUGACCUAGAACCCAGCGUUUCCAUGGUAGCAUGCCGGCUGACCUUGGUGAGUCAUUUGCUUAUGAUGAUGAUGAGGAUGAUGUUCGUAGCCCUCCUGAAAUACUGAAGAGCCCCUAGCUGUUGGACUACCGCUGUCUUUACUGGUGUAGUCCUGGUGUAGUUACUGGUCCCUGCUGGACCAGUAAGUUCCUGGUCUAGUCUUAUCCUGGUCUCUACCGGACCAGUAAGUUCCUGGUCUAGUCUUGUCCUGGUCUCUACCGGACCAGUAAGUUCCUGGUCUAGUCUUGUCCUGGUCUCUACCGGACCAGUAAGUUCCUGGUCUAGUCUUAUCCUGGUCUCUACCGGACCUGUUGGUUCCUGCUCUAGUCUGGUUUAGAUUCUCAGCUGAAUUCCAAGGUUUUGGUGUAAAAAUGUUUUGACCUGUUUUAUCUGCCCGUUUAAAUAAAUGUUUUGUGUGAGUAAGUGA